AUGUCAGUGGAGAUGGAUUUGGGGUCCCGUGCACGUUUUGAGGACAGCCCACCUCGGAUCUUGGAAGACCCCUCUGACUUGAUCGUGUCCAAGGGGGAACCCGCAACCCUCAACUGCAAGGCAGAGGGGCGGCCUAACCCCACUGUGGAGUGGUACAAGGACGGGGAGCGGGUGGAAACGGACCGGGAUGACCCUCGAUCUCACCGAAUGCUCCUUCCCAGCGGCUCCCUCUUCUUCCUGCGUAUCGUCCACGGACGACGCUCUAAACCAGACGAGGGCGUCUACACCUGUGUGGCACGUAACUACCUUGGAGAGGCUGUCAGUCGAAAUGCUUCACUGGAAGUAGCCAUCCUGAGGGAUGACUUCCGCCAGGCCCCCAGUGAUGUGGUGGUGGCAGCCAGUGAGCCAGCGGUCCUGGAGUGUGUUCCCCCCCGUGGUCACCCUGAGCCCACCGUCUCCUGGAAGAGGAACAAUGCCCGCGUCAGCAACAAGGAUGACCGCAUCUCUAUGCGUGGGGGCAAGCUGAUGAUCUCCCACUCCAGGAAGAGUGAUGCUGGCAUGUAUGUGUGUGUGGGCACCAACAUGGUGGGAGAGAGGGACAGUGACCCUGCUGAAUUGGUGGUGUAUGAGCGUCCUGUGCUGAUACGGAGGCCGGUGAACCAGGUGGUGAUGGAGGAAGAGACCGUUGAUUUCCUGUGUGAGGUACAUGGAGACCCCGCCCCCACAAUACGCUGGCAUCGAGAGGAGGGGGAGCUCCCCCGCGGGAGGUUUGAGAUCCACAGUGACAACAGCCUACGUCUGACUAGGGUGAGAGGGGAGGACGGGGGAACUUACACCUGUAUGUCUGAGAACAGCGUGGGCAAGACAGAGGCUUCAGCCACGCUAGAGGUCCAUGUGCCCCCACAGAUCACCAUUAAACCCCAGGACCAGAUCUCCGCUCAGGGGUGCAGUGUCACCUUCCACUGUGGCACCAGAGGAAACCCCUCACCUGCCAUCUUCUGGAAGAAAGAAGGAAGCCAGAUGCUGUUGUUUCCUGGCCAGCCCCUCUCCCAGUCCGGCCGCUACUCUGUUUCCAUGAGUGGUGAGCUGUCCAUCACCGACGUGCACCUAGAGGAUUCUGGGUAUUAUAUCUGCCAGGCCAUCAGUGUAGCAGGAAGUGUCCUGACCAAAGCCCUGCUGGAGGUGGAAGGGGGUCCUUCAGACCGUGUUCCACCAAUCAUCCGUCAAGGCCCAGCCAAUCAGACGUUGGGUCUGGGGUCCGUUGCCCAGUUGCAGUGUCAUGCGAUUGGUGGACCCUCACUAAGGAUCAUGUGGGAAAAGGACGGGGAGAGGAUUGUGGGGGACGACCCCCGCAUGACCCUGAUGGAGAACGGGACACUGCAGAUCACUAAUGUUGAGAAUAAGGAUUCGGGAAUGUACACUUGUGUGGUGUCCAGCGCCACGGGCGAGUCGAGCUGGAGCGGGACACUCACCAUGAGAGAGGACGGAGCCCCUGGGUCAUCAGUUCCCCGGGUGUCAGAGUCCAUCCAGCUGCCAGGGCCGCCCCAGAAGCCUGUGGUGACGGAUGUGACCAGGAAUACAGUCACCCUCACCUGGCAGUCCAACCCCCACGAGGGUGGGGCCGCUGUCACCUCCUACAUCAUCGAGGCCUUCAGCCAAUCCGUUGGCAGUGUGUGGCAGACGGUAGCUGACCACGUGAAACAGGAGAAGCACACCGUCAUCGGCCUGUACCCAAACACUGUCUACCUGUUCAUCGUCCGAGCAGUCAACUCCUACGGUCUGAGUGACCCCAGCCCAAUCUCUGAACCCAUCAGGACACAGGAUGGGAGUCCUACAGAGCAGGGGGUAGACCGCAGACAGGUGCAGAGAGAACUAGGGGAGGUGUCUCUCUACCUGCAGAAGCCUGUGGUCCUAUCACCCAGCAGUGCCCAGGUCUCCUGGACUGUGGCACGUCAGUCUCAGUACGUGCAGGGAUACAGGCUGCUGUACCGCUCCACUGGCAGCGCCUGGUUAGUCCAGGAUGUGAAAGUGGGGCCUGAGCUCACCACUGUCCUAUCAGACCUGCACACGGACACAGAGUACGAGGUGAAGGUCCGCCCCUACUUCAACGAGCUGCAGGGACUGGACAGCCCCCUGGUGCAGCUACGCACCCCUGAGGAGGUGUUAAGUGCUCCCCCGCAGGCUGUGUCGGUGGUCCAGCUCAGCAACAGCUCUAGCAUCAGUGUCUCCUGGGAACCUCCCCCCGCUGGUGUUCAGAGUGGUACAGUCCUGGAGUACAAGGUCUGGUGCCUGGGGAGUGACACUGAGUUGAAGACAGAGAGCCAUAUCAACAGGACAGUUGAUGGAGCGGGGUUGUCCAUCCUACUGACUGGGCUGCUGCCAGACCUCCAGUACAGUGUGAUGGUGGCUGCAGUUACCAACUUGGGAGUGGGUGAACACAGCCCACCUAUAGACCUGGUCCUCACCCUGUCACUGGACAUGCCUUCAGACCCUCUGCAGAAAGACAGCAGCCUCAGUCUAUCAGAGCAGAUCACGGGAGUGGUCAGCCAACCAGCGUUCAUCGCUGGGUUGGGUGUGGCCUCGUGGCUGGUGCUCAUGGGCUUCAGUGGUUGGCUGUACUGUCGCCACCGCAGAAGGAAAGAGCUGGGACACUACACCACCUCAUUUGCCUACACACCUGCAGUUGGAUUUGCUCACAGUGAAGGAUCUGGUCUCAGCAACGGAAGACCAGGGAUGCUGGGCUCCAACAUGGGGAACUACCCAUGGCUAGCAGACUCCUGGCCAGCCCCUGGUCUUGCCCACAAUGGAAAAGACUCAGUCAACUGUUGCUCUGGCAAACUGGACUCUACAGACAGAUACUACAAUGUUGGCAUCUCCAAUUACCUGAGCCAGUCUGAGAAGUACAGCUCAGUGUCCACAGACUGUCCCAUCUACAGCACCAUCAAUACAGCUGCUGCCGAGGACCUGCAGGGUUUAGCCUACUACAACAAAUACUCCAACACCCAGGGCUCCAACACCCCCUACACCCAGGGCUCCAACACCCCCUACACCCAGGGCUCCAACACCCCCUACUCCCAGGGCCCUGACCCCUACGCCAUUACCCCCGUCCUCUCCAACUCUGGCCUCUUCGGUCUGGAGCAAGACCUGGACCAGUUGACCGUCCAGUCUAGAGAGUACGCCAAGCUGCAGUACGCCAGGACAAGCAAUGCCAAGCUGGUGAAGCAGAGGUCCACGUGUCCUCCAUCCAAGCCUGCACCACUCAACUGGGAGGACGUGCUGUCUCUACCACUGCCUGCUAAUAAAGAACGGGGUUACACAACGAGAGACAGGGAUGAGGGGAGGAACAGUAGCUCAGAUGAGGAUGAGGAGGACUGGUGUCCCCCGCUGCCAGCCAGGACCUACCUGAUGGAAGGCUCCAGGGAUGAGUUACCCAGCCUGCCCUCCUCCAGAAGAGAGGAGCUGACCCAGGGCUCCACCUCCAGCCUGCGGUCCACAGCCAUACUUCCCCCCUCCCCUCAGGAGGAGACACACCCCCUCAACCCCAACGACAGCCCCCCGCUGCAGCACUUUGACCUGCUGGCCUGCUACGGGCCCAGUUCCCAGGUCUCCCAUUCCAACCCCAACCUGUUUGCCAAUAAGGAGGAUGUCAGCGGGCCAUAUGAUGUCAGCGGGCCAUACCACACCAACCAAUGGGGAGACACCUUCAUGGGGGAGAGCUAUAUUUCAGAGAGGAGUGGCGGAGGAGGACAAUCUCCUUUCCUGGCUGAGUACGCUCAUGCUACUCAGGGGCACAGAACCAGGAGCAAGAAGAAAGUCCUCAGGGAGGGCCAGCACCGACGAGAGCUGCAUGACCAAGCAGACCUGCCCCCUCCGCCGGCCCCACCCCCUGCAGCAGACGACCCCCUGCAGCUCCUGGCUGAUGUGCUGGGCUGCAGCCGGACAUCGUCGGCGGACAACUCGCCGACUCUGCAGAGGAGAGGAGACUACCCCUCACCCCAUAAGAGGGGGCCUGCCAUGUGGGGCUCACAAGAUGAGGGUGUAAUCCUGUACUGCCCAUCCAGCUUUUUGCCCCGGGGCCAGAUGUCAGGCUACGGUUCCCUUGGUGGAGGGGCCUCCUUGCGGGCUUCAACUGGACAGAGAGGGCCUGGAGCUGUCCGGAGGAGGGACGAGAACCUCAUGUAG